AUGUUCCUAUUGAUAAUGAAGAAAAAAAAAGAAAAAGCAUUCCAAUCAUGUAUACCUAUUUUUGAACAUAUUCGAAAAGCUUCAUUGCAUGAUGAUAUUUAUAAUUAUAUCGAACAAAUUUUAUCUGCAUUGGGUAUUGAUAUUCAUGUUAAAGAUGGAUUUGAAAAUAUAUUCAAGUCUAUUACCGAAGAGAUCCAAAAGUUAAAACUUUGUGUCGAUACAAGUGCAACAAGAAUAGAAGGACAAGAAAAAACAAUUAAAGAACAAGGAAAAACAAUCAAUAAUUUACAAACAGGAUUGGGUAAUCUUGAAUCGCAAUGGUUACUUCGAGAUAUUCAAAUCGAUGCUUAUGAAGUAGUAACACUAUUUCGAUUUUAUUACGGCAAUAAAGUAAUUCGUGAAAAAGCUCCGUAUCUCAAAGAGUGGAGUCGUUUUGCAAAAGAAUAG